GCCCACACAACCUAGGCAGCCAUCCUAAGUUUGAUUGGUUCAAUUUUUUUUGUUAUGACUAGUAGAUACAAAUAUUAUUAUUAUUCCAACAAUAUAUUUUUUAGUUCAAGAGAAAAAAGCCAGGGAAAAGUAAGACAACAAAAUAAUAUGUGCAGGAGGGUGGGCUUGCUUCUCAAAAUUUUUAAUCUAUGCAUGUUCGCUAUCUCCUUGUCAGAACCCAAUUUCAUUUUUUUAAAAUUAAUAAUCAUUGUGUUAAUGUUCAAGGAGUUCCAAAGCAUCAUGUCUCAAAAACCUAUGGUGGGGUACACAACAAUGCAAGAAGAGUAUGGUGCAGGGGGGCCCCCUCCGUAUGGACCACCUCAACCAACUUUCCAAGCCACCAAUACAACUGUUGUGGUGAACCAGCCAGUACCACUGGUCAUGCAGCAAGGAAUGCGUGAUUGGAGCAGUGGCUUGUGUGGCUGCUUUGAGGACUGCUAUUCUUGUAAGUAAAUUCAGGGUUUGAGUUGCUCAAUAAAAACUUUUUCAUUGUCUUUUAUUUAGUGUUUCCUCAAAUUAAUUUUUAUAAGUGUACAACAUGGAUGUUUGUUAGUGAAAUUCUACAUCUUAAACUCUCCUUAAAACAGCUCAUGGAUCCGGAAGAAUGUAGAUACAGUCAAAUGCCUAUAUAUGUGCAACUAGCACUGAUAAGCAAUAACCUCAUAAGCAACUAUCCAUCGAAAAACACCAAAAACAUUUCAGCCAAAGCCCUAUAGUGAGAACCUCUCAUAAGCAGCCACUUCCAUUGUUACCACAGGUGAUGGGUAAUUAUAACCACUUGACUCAUGGUCUGUUCUCUAUGUUCAGUGUAUGUACUGCACUACUCAGAAUAUAUGAAGAACUUUUGGUGGCAAAUGAAAGUCUACACACAUCGUAAAUAAUAUUGGGAGUUUUGAAAAAUCAAGUGUAUUCGACAAAAUAAUGGGGAUUCCAGUCUGUAGGUGAUUGAAAAGAUCGCUGUGGUUUGAUUCUUGUAAAUGACCACUAAACCUACACAUUUUUGGGUGGGUUUUAUAGGAGUUUCAGCUAUAUCAAAGAAAGAGACCAGGAAAGAGCAGAGCUUAAGCAUUAAAGGAAUUUAUAUAAUAAUUAGUUUUAAGUUUGAUGUCCUUUUUAAUCUCACCUGCAACAAAAUAUAUCUCCUCCACCAGUCUUCUAUGUAACCCAAUCUAUUGGACAAGUGGAGCUCUUUAUAUGUAGUCUCUCUAACUUUCGGUGUACCAUUACAUGGCUAAUGUUUGGUGUUAAUUAGGCAUGUACCGAUUCACUGAAAAGUCGACUAAACCCCUCGGCACUGCACAUCACUGUGUCGCAAACAAAGGACUUUAUUGUCAUUUCUGCUCUCUUGUGGUAAUCAGUGUUCUCCUCAUAAGGAGGUAACCAGUAAAAUUUAUUGCAUGAAGCAACUGAACACUUCUUACCAUCUGCAACUGCUUGAAGGUGUAUUAAAAAAAGUAGAUUUAAAAAAAAAAUGAAGUUGUGAUCCGAUCGGAUUCUCACAAGGAAAAUGAUUAAUAUAAUAUGUGGAAAAGUACUUAAGUAUACACAGCUAUCUUUAUUAUUAUGGGCCACACAUUUUGAGAAGAGAACAUUGGAGACAGAGUAAGAUUAUUGCAAUCAAACGUUUUAAAUAUUGUUGUCUAAAGAUAACAAUGGCUGAUUUCCAUAAAAUAGGUCUUCAAAUUAGGGAAUGGCGUUUCAGAGAACUUAGCUCCUAAAUUUCUCAAAGAGGGAGGGGCCAUGUCCCUCACUCCACUAUCCCUCCCCCUGAAAAGUGCACCUGUGGGGCAUAUUUUUGCCUUACUGGCCAGGCCAUGAAUGGUCCUUUACCUGCUGAGCUAAAUUUUCAGGAGAACACUGGGUAAUUCUUUGAUCAUCAUUAGGCCAUGAGGCAAACUUGCUCUCCCAGUGCAGCUGUGAUGACUGUGAGCAUUGCGGAUGUCCGAUUGCACUGAAAAUUAGUUGAACUGCAUUAACACAAUUAUUAACUUGUUUGUUUGGUUGUUUUUUGUGCAGGCUGUUUGGGAUUAUUUUGUCCUUGCAUCUUGCUGUGUGAUGUCUCAUCAAGGAUGGGUGAAGGCUGUAUGUUUGCAACAUGCUGUGCUGGAGCUUUGGUUGGACUACGAGUGAAGAUGAGGGUUCAGCAAAACAUUCAGGUACAGUACAGUGUAGGCUGAUGAUUCUAAUAAUGAUGACAAUGUUUUCUAUGAUGGUGGUUGUAGUAGUGGUGAGGUUGUGAUGGUGAUUGAUGGUAAAAAAAAAGCAUAUCAAAGACUAAUAAAAUAGAAUUGAAGUCUAUGUGUUUCAUUAAUAUUGGUCAAUAAAUUUGACUAGUAUAUAAAAGUUCUAGUCUUUGCUCUUCUAGUUCUGCUAGACAAAAUAUUUAGCAUUAACCCAUUUGCUCCCGGCAAUUUUGCCGAAAAUCGCAGUUUGAAGCUCUUCGAGUCGCUUUCUGGUCACUGUCUGGCUAUUAAGAGCUAAAACUUACCACAAAACCAUUCACAGGUCGGGUACUAUGCCACCUUCUAAUCCAGCAAAAUAUUAGCUUGCAAAGUUUGGGCAUGUGCAGAAAGCAAAACUUCAAGAUAGUUUUUGGGUUUAAAAGUGACAUAGUAGUCUUGACUUUUUCUUUUUGCUUUCUUUUCUCCCCUCUAAUCUUUUGCUUUUCUUGCCUCAGUUUUUUUCGUUUACUUGGUAUUAAAUAGGCUUCAUUUCAGUGGGAAAACUUUUUGGGAAAGCUUUUAGGAUUUUAGGAUUAGAUGGAAGGAAAGAUAGGUGGAUAGUGGAACCAGAUUUCCAUGGAAAUUUUCGGAUCAUUGUUACAUGAUUUUUGCCCUUUUCUGCAGCCUCCUUGACCUAAUCAUGCUCAUUCUGGUAUGGUUUGAAAGAUCUCUUCACCCUUGCACAAUUUAGUAGACAUAGUUGUCCUUGACUGUUAAGACUGAUGAUAUCACUAGCUGUAGAAGGGACAUGGAUCCCCAGGGGGGGCACUUGGGUAUUUUUUGGGUGGGUAUGUGCCGCCCGGGACUCCAAAUUGGCACCCCGUUCUAAAAAAAAAUUCUCCUAAAAUUGAUACCCCAUUCUAGAAAUGGGCCAAUUUUUUUACACCCCGUUCUAGAAUUCGCCCUAAAACUGAUACCCCAUUCUAGAAAUGGGCCAAUUGUUUAUACUCUGUUCUAGAAAGUUUGUAAAUUGAAAUAGCCCUGUUUUUUUAAAAAGAUAUUUCUUUAUUUGUUCGACUUAUACAUCAAAUAAAUGCUUUUUCAUAAUCAGCAACAAUUUUAAGCAGAAGAUAAAGCCGCGAUCCACAAUUUUUUAUACCCCGUUCUAGAAAACGCCUCUGAUUUGGAUACCCCGUUCUAAAUCAGGAGCUUCAAAAUCACUACCCUGUUGGGCGGCACAUACCCGUAUAGGUAAUGUAUGGGAGUACCCCCCGCCCCCCGCCCCCCGGGCAUGGAUCCUCACGGGCGGUUACAGGUGGUUCAUGGGCAAAUAGGUUACUAACCAAUCUUUGCCUACUUGGUUUCUGUUUUAAGAGCCUUUCAUAUUGUUUAUUGUUUGGUGCCUUGACUGAGUUCUAGUGCAUGUAUCCCGUCUUGAAGGAGAUCCGCAAGACUAAAAAAAAUUAUUUGCGACUUUGAUUGGUCCUCUGUGAUUUUUUUAUUUGUCACGUGGUGUUAAUGGGUUUGCAGAUGAUGGGAGUGGUGAUGAUGAUGAUGAUAGGUGGUGGUGGUGGUUGUGAUAGUACCAUUAAUGGUCCUAAGGAGUCAGUGAUGUUGCUGGUGAUGAUAAUGAUUAUGGUGAUGAUAAAGAAGAGAAUGGUGGUGAUAAUGAUGAUGGGUAAUAAUGUUGAUGAUUGUAGUGAUGACGUUAAUCUCUUUCAUAAUGGUGGCCUAUUAAUAUAUUCGUUUAUGUGUAUGUGAUAAUCAGGCUUUCUGACCUCGUUUGAAAGUAAGAAUUCCUUUGUAUUUUGCUCAUGCUAAUGAGGUCAGAAAGGCUAGUACACAUAAAAGAAUAUAUUAAUAGGCUGUCAAACUGAAAGAAGUCUAUUGAUCAUGAUAUCUUAAGUUACAAAAUAAUGUGAAUUCCAUUUUUAGUGCUUUAGGUGCCUUCGAAUUAUGAAUUAGAAUUAACUUUGGAAUUACUGGUUAGUUGAUAUCCUAAAGUUGUGUUUUAAGAACUGUCUUUUUUAAAAUAAAUAAUCUCGAAGAUUUUAAAAUUGUAAAAUAUUUCUUGCCUGAUGAAUUUGUAACCGUGCAUAAAUAAAGAUUACCUUACUUUACCUUAGAUUAUGUCGAGCCAUGUCUUAGCUUAAGGAUAGGGUAAGAGAAGGAAAAAAUUCACGCUUGUUAGGAAAACAGUUUUAAAAACACAACUUUCUCCUUUCUUUUUCAGGGUUCCCUGUGCAAUGAUUACUGCACAAUCCAGUGUUGUGCACCCUGUGUAUUAUGUCAGCUUUCUCGUGAGCUGAACCACUGUGGAGUUGGACAGUAAUGUUAGUCAUUCAUCCUACUUCGUGGAGCUGAACAUUUAGUUAGUACGUGUAAGAACGAGCUAUAGAAAACAGUUUUUGUACUCAAUUGUGUUAGAAAAUUAUUAUGUUCCGUUAGACUGGAAAAAAAAUUUGGAAUGCCAUAGUCUUUAAACGUAAAUAGUAGUGGAAUCUAUUAUCCCCAGAAUAGCCCGUGAAAAUGUUUUUGUUUUUAUGGGAAAGACCAGCCAGUUCUUCGAAUGAUGUGACAUAGUCAACUUAUAUCCCCACUUAUAGUUGGACAAUGUUGUUUAGGUAUUGUUAUUUUUAAAAGGACUUGUUUAAGAAACCUGGAGCCAAUGAUCCUAGAGUCUUCAUUUGCCUUCAAUAAGUGUAAUAGAAUGUUAGACAUUGAGGCUAUUUUUAGAUUUAACUAGGUGCAGCAAUUUGAGUUGUUCUUCACGACAGAAAUCGCUUCCGUUGCUAGAUUCUGAUGUCUCUAAACUCAAAGAUAGAGUUAAUCGGUUAUUCAAUGAAUUGAUUUAACUACCUUUGCUUGACAUUUCACCAUCCGCUAUUGCUGUUUAUUUUCCGUAAAUUUUACUCUGCUCUGAUUGGCUGAGAGUUUUUUGGCGCGAAAGAUGAAUCUGAAAACAACUUAAAAUCCAGUUAUUAUUAGAAAGUUGUUGCAGGCCCUUUGGUGAUGGU